GGUGCUUAUUUACUAUUUCGAUCUCAGUGUCGACCUUAAUGUCUCAUGUUUGCUCGGUUACUUCUAUUCAGACUUCUCGAAGCUCGAUGAAGACUUGAUUUUUUUGAACUAUUCAACCCACCCAGAUAUUGAAGGUGUAGUCCAUCCCUCGUGUUGACAACACAGUCUGUCUGUCUUUCUGUGGAUGCCAUCUUCUUCUUCUUUCUUCCUCGUCGAGGCUCUGGGCCGAGGAGGACGAGGAGGAGCGCUCAUUGCGCCUGCUGGUUGGCAGCAGUAAACUUUUCUCUGAGCCAAGUAUCCAUCAGUCUGGCAAAAUGCUCGAUCCCCCAGGGCUCACAAUAUCCUUCCAAUAUCCCCAUCCAUUCAUCCAGUCAUUCCCAGUGUGUGUUUUCAUCACCCGCACUCACAUGAUUGCUCCCUGAUGUUAUUGCUGGUUGAAUCUGUGUUAUUGUGGCCUCUCCCUCUUUCCUCUAAUGCUCUUUCUGUCUUUUCCAUCCUUUUUUUAAAGCUCACCGGCACACAAAACCGUGGUCCAUUUUAUAUGUUAUUCUUCCAUGAAUCACCUGUGGUCUGUGUCUGGGGGCAACGCAUCUUUUCCUAUUCGUUCAGAGGUCCAAUAGGGGGUUGUGUAAUGGGUUCCACCAGUACACCUAUGGGAGCUCCUCUCCCAGCUGUGAAUGGGAAAUGAUUAGUAUUCACUCUCCAUGCAUCUCCUCCCCCCCAUCGGACCGACUGCUUCCCCCGGCCUCAGACCUCUCUCGCUUCAAACUGAAUCACACUCAAGCUGCACUUCAUCCCGAUACCUCUCUCUCUCUCUCUCUCUCUCUCUCUCUCUGUGUUUUCUCCACAAUAAAAGUAUUUCUGUUUCGCGACACUGUCUCCCCGUUCUCUCUCCCUCUCUGCUGCACGUUCAGCUCUUUCCACGACCACAAGGAGGACCUCCGUAAGCGACUGUCGUACACCACCCACAAACUAGAGAUGGUGGAGACGGAGUUCGAUUCCACUCGGCAGUACCUGGAGACGGAGCUGCGUCGGGCCCAGGAGGAACUGGAGAAAUUUACAGAGAAACUACGCAGGAUCCAGAGUAGCUAUGCAGCUCUUCAGAGGAUCAACCAGGAUCUGGAGGACAAGAUGCACAGCACCUCCCAGCACCACGAAGAGGAGAAGAGAACCCUCAGCCGGGAAAUCCUCCUCCUCAACAACCACCUCGUGAAUUCAAAGAUCACGAUCAAGAAACUCAGAGAGGACAACGAUCUGUACAGAAAGGACUGCAACCUGGCCGCCCAGCUGCUGCAGGGCUCCACGUCUCACUGCCGGGCGCAGCAGCCGUCUGAGCUGCCGCUGGAUUUCCAGGAACGCAUCAGUUCCCACGUGGAGAAACAUAAUCGGGGCAGCGGAGCCACCGUCGCAAUGUGCCACUCCAAUUACUCCGACGCUGUUCCCGCAGCCGUGAUCGCCACGGUGCUGGCAAAGCCUGAACCUGGAAGCAGUUGCCCUGUGACCCGCGCGGCCAGCCCGCAGCCACCGGACGGAGAUUUUCUCCCGGCAACGGGAAGCACCGAUCACCUGCACCGUCGCACCUCAUGUAAAACAUCCGACCUGUGCUGCAGCGACACGGCGCUCUACCGCCCUGAACGAUGGCAGAACGCGGAGCGCAGGCCGAGCGUCGACCUCCGCGGCGCCGCCGCGCUCCGGCUGCCCGCCCAGAACUCCACCGACAGCAACCCGGAUGAAGAGGCCUGCCCAUCCGAAAGCUUCUCCCACCACGAGCCUCCGUCCUCCUUCCACCACCACGAGGAUUUCGGCGCCGGUAGCCUGCCCGCCUCGAGUUCCUACUCCAGCUUCAGCCUGGUGUCGGAUGAGAAGGGAGGCGUCGCUGGCGGCGGCGGUGGUGGGCGCACUGCCAGCACCUUAUCCUCUUCCCACCAGGGUCUCUACAUGGACUGGCGGGAGGGUGUCAGUGGGGACUAUGAGCGCAAAAGUACGACCUCCUAUGACAAAGACAGUCAAAGCUUCCCCAAGUCUCUCAGCAUCCAGCACAUGGUGGCCCCCAGGAGCCCGCAGAAGGCCGAUUCAGCAGCGUACACGAGGGCUGCUUCCUGCUUCAGUGAACCGUACCAUUCCAGCGCCCCUCGCCUGGCCUCCUCUCACAGCACGGGGUCUACGAUCGGGCCGGGCCAGGCCCGCGGAGGAGCUCGGGACGGUGACCUCCAGGUCCCCGAGGACGACCUGAGCAACCGCUGGAGACGACUCAGCGUGGAAGACAUCAACGCGCUGUCCUCUUCCUACCGCGACCUCGCGGGGCGCGUCUCUCCGUACGGUUUCUCCGAGCGCCACUUUGCCAUCGGCCCUCCCGGCGAGGCCGAGGGGUCGCUCUACAGCAGCUUCCGAGAAGGAGGCGACGUCUUCCGCGGCCGUGUCCUGGACCAGUGUUUCGCCGCGGGCGCCCGGUCCCCCGGCCGCGGCCAGAAACCGACGAAGCAUCGGAAGCAGGAGAAAACAUCGGCGCCGUCCAGAGGCGAGGAGGACGGGCGGGACUCUGAGUGCAGUCUGCUCCUCUCACUGAGCUCCAAAGAGAAGGAGAAGGACGACGUUCGUCUGGGCGCAGACGGCUCCGCCGAGUCCUUACGCCAAAGCUCCCUGGAGGCCUCCAGCCUGCAGCACUACCCCAGCCCCAGGCCGAGUGUUCGGCCCCGCCCGAGCUCCAGCUCCGCCCUCAGCGUCGGCCCCGCGCUCCCAAAGAAGUCCUCUCCAAGAUACCAAGAGUUUGGCAGCACGGGGUUGACGAGGAAGGACAGUUUGACCAAGGCCCAGCUCUACGGGACGCUGCUGAACUGAGCCGAGAGCCACGGAGCAACGAAUGUUAUGCAUGACGAAGAUGAUGAUGAUGAUGAACUUACUGUACCGUACCGUAUGUCUCAAAAGAUCCCGUCACCAAACACAUAUGUGGUGAGAUUGGGUAUUCAGAUGUUGUUUCAUGUAUCUUUUAGCCAAGGCACGUUUCUUGCAGUCUGCAACACUUUUUCUAUUAGAUUAGAUUAGAUUCAACUUUAUUGUCAUUACACGUGUACGAGUGCAGAGCAACGAAAUGCAGUUUGGCAUCCAACCAGAAGUGCAACAGAAAGUAUGAUAAUAACUACAGGAAAUGCAGAUUACAGUAAAUAAAGCGCUGUACAAGAGGGCGGCUGAAGGCCUCACCUGUACUAUUGGUGAUAAAUUAGACUAAACAUUAGACAGAUGACAUUAACAUUAAAUAAUAAACUAUCUGGGGUUGCUAAACUAGUGCAAACACUCAGUGCAUCUUGACUGAGUGCACAAACGGCAUAUUGUGCGUCAUGAUGCGGUGCAGCGACCUGAGAGCAGAGGUUCUGUCUGUUGCUGUUUGAUGAUCAUUAUCGCUCGUGGGCCGCGGGUAAAAACAACAACAAAGACCAACAAGAACAUCCUGUGCAAUGUUCUCCUUUUCUUUGGUGUUAAAUUCUGUCAGUAAAAGCAGCAAAAGACUUGUCGUGCUCGUGGAUCCUGCAAGCUGUUCAAAAGACGUGUUCACUCUCCUGUUUCGUCUGGAACAAUAUGCAUGCUGCAAAAUGCAGAAAUAAGAUGGACAAACUCAUUUCCAGCUCAAUUAUUUAUCAUAGAAACAUUAUCUGUAAUCGCCACUGACUACAAAGUUUUAUUUCCGUUUUCAAACUGUCUAGACAAGAGCUUGUUUUUGAUGUAAAAGCUGUGUCAUAUUUAUAGCAAUAUAGAUGGCGAGAGCUCCGUUCUGACGCCAGCGCUCUCACUCUUCUAUUUAAGUCCCUGUAUAUCAAUAUAAAUAUAAAUAAAUACAAUGACAAAACAUUGCCAGGUAAAACAAAAGCUAAAGGAAUAUACACAUAGUAGAAACUGCAGGAUUCUUUCUGGAACUGUUCUUAUUUUUUGUGUUAAAGUGAGGCUGCACAGAAGCUCCCCUCAUACACAAGACAAGACACCUGUGACAUUGCCUUAAUCCUGUUCAGGGGACAGAAUGGUCUCCAUGACAACUGUGUACAUACUGUAUAACCUGAUGUGUUGUUACCGUGUGUUCCUCCUGUUGGACGUAACACACACACAAGGCCAGCUUCUGGGAUUAAGCCCGUUCUUAGACUGGGGAUAUUUUUCAGUGGAGAUCUUCAUUGAAGUUGUGGUUUUAGUAAAAGACGAAGGAAGCUUAAUCCCAGUCUGAUAAUCUGGUCCACGCAGCAACAUUUCUGCACCGACAGAAACUCUUAGCACUGUUGCACAAACCAAAACAAGUGAGUGCUGGCUCUUCUCGCUUUUUUAGGAGAGAUUAAUGAGGAAAUUCUCCGUAUAAUCUGGCAGUUCUGCAAUAAUUGCACAAAAAAGUGUACAGAGGCGCUACUAAGAAUUGAUUCAAGACAGAAUGUAGAGUCAGUGUUUUUCUUUUUUUGAACCAGCAUGCUGAAUUAGACUAUUUUAGAGAGAACACUGUGAAAAUAAGCAAGGCGUGCGUGAAUAUAUGCUUACAUAGAAAGUGUCAAAGACACGCUGUCCUGUUGAAGAAGUUCAGCGAUGAUAAUAAUUCUUAAAUUAAAGAAGUACUCGCAGGAGGUUGUCCCGCCGCCGUCUCCUCCUCCACUCAGUCGUAAAGAUGAGGACAACAUGAAAAUGAUCAUCCGUGCGACCUUUGGCAUGACAGUUAUUCGAAGGAUUUCUUCCCGCCUGCGUAGCUCUAUAGAUCUGGGAGGAAUGGCAAAAAGGGAAAAGCUAAAUAGUCUGAGCUCAGCUCUGCCCUCCGGCCGUCACACAGACUCUUCAGGAAGGCCACGCUUAUUCCUCUCCCAUUCCUGCACAUUUGGAAACUGGCUUAAGGCUGUUUUUUUUUAAGAUUUAAAAACUGCAUCUCUUCUUUAUGUCCUGGCAUGUUAUGAAGGUGAACGUGCACCACAAAAAGACUCCGAUUGUAGUCCUACUUCAUACGAUGCAUAGGUACACACAAAGGAGUGAAUGUAACACAUGUACAGCGGGUCUGAGGGGACAUAUGGUUAUCUUUUGUUGUGGACAUAAUGUAUCAAUAGAGAUAACUACUUCCAUAAUUGUUAUUACACUAUGACUAUUUUUUCAUCCAGUUUCUGUUAAUAUAUUUAUUGAAUGUGUUGACCCUGAAUGAAGAAGCUGAAGCGGGUCGGUCCUGUUCCACCUCCAGCCUCGUUCCAGGAACAACAGCCGUCUACACGUCACAAUGUGUGUCUGUCUCAUGCAUGGUUAUAUAUUUUUAAUGUAUGUUUAUUUACUUAAUAAAGAUGAGUGUUGGGAAAUACAUCA